AUGGCAUCCUGUGAAGAGGAAGUAUUGCGAAUCGGCAGGAAGUUCGAACGAAUGAUACAAGGAACUAAGACGAUGGACGAUGCUAUGGAAUUGUUGGAUGCAUUAUCUGCAUUACCUGUCGACAUAAAUAUCCUCACUAAAACUCGUAUUGGUAUGACAAUCAAUGAUUUACGCAAAAAAACCAGCGAUGAACAUAUUGCUAAGCGAGCUAAAGCUUUGAUUAAGGAAUGGAAGGUUUUAUUGGCGAAUAAAACGAGUAGUAGUAAGGGUGAUGCGAAAGAUGCGGUGGCAAAGAACAGUUCAUCACCAUCGGUUUCUUCAACUACAUUUAAUGAAAGCUCGAAACAUUUAUCGCAGUCUUCUGUAUCACAGAAGUGUACUUCAUCCGGUACAGCUAAUUCUUCAACGCCCACGCCUACAGCCAGGAAGCAGCUCCUUCCUGAUGAGGUCAGAAAUAAGUGCGCUACAAUGAUCCUCGAUGCUCUACUUUCAAAGGAACUGCCCGAUGGAACUCUUGACCCUGAAGAACUGGCAGUGCGAACUGAAAGGAAAUUGUUUGAGGUGCAUCGUGGUACUUCGGAAAAAUACAGAGCAGCCCUACGAAGUAGAGUGUUCAACCUGCGUGAUAAAAAGAAUUUGGUUCUCCGUGAAAACGUGUUGAUUGGUGCUGUGACUCCUGAGAAAUUUGCAGUAAUGACAGCCGAUGAAAUGGCUUCAGAUGAAAUGAAAGCACAACGGGAGAAAUUCACCAAACAGGCAAUUGAAGAAUAUCAGAUGGCAGUUCAGGAGGGAACUCCUUCCGACAUGUUUAAAUGUGGGAAGUGUGGGAAGAAAAACUGUACCUAUACACAAGUGCAGACGCGCAGUGCAGAUGAACCUAUGACCACGUUCGUUUUCUGUCGCGAAUGCGGCAACAGGUGGAAGUUUUGUUAGGUUCCGAUGAUGGAAGCGUUAUAGAUAAUGCAUUGGUAACUUGAUUACAGCUUUGUAUAGAAAUUUAUUUCCGAUACUUUUGUUUAUCGAAGUUUUAUAUAGCGCUUUGGGGUUUAAUUUUUUUCCCCUGACUCAAGG